AUGACUCGCACACUGUUCGCUCUUUUAGCGCUCGCCGCCCUCGCACUAGCCUCCGCCGAAUCGCCGCGACCCCGUCUCAUCGACUUCAACCCCUGGUCCUGGCUACCCAACAACCGCAACAAAUCCCCGUCCAUCAUGGACUACUUCUUUCCCCCAUCCAGAACCCCUAAACAGUCCAACCUAGACCCACCCGCUGACCGACAACCCCCUACCCUACAGACGACAUUAGACGACAACCCAACGUUGACAACCCUCCAAGAACGCGAACGUCCCACCACAUUAGCCCGAAAAUCCCAUAACAAAAUUAAAACCACCCCCGCAGUCCGACCAACCGCGUCUACACCCCCUAAAACGAAAAAAUCGACCCACAAAAUUGUAGCCACUGACACGACCAUUGAAGCUAAAUCAACUCAAACAUCAAAAACAGAAUCAUUGCCGCCGACUACGAAUAUCGUAACCACUACGGUUAAACCGCCGAAGCGCUACACUAUAAGGCCAGUGCGGACUACGGAGACUCCAACCGUACAGGAUACAGAAUCUACAAUCAAUACUAAUAGCGACAGUACAGAGACUGUGGCAGGAAUCGAUACUUCAGGCACGACAGCUGAUGUUACAAAGGAUACUGCUCAAACGUUGACCACUGUUAUUGAGACACGGCCUACCGAUGGCACAGCUAGCACGGGAGAAGAGUCUACGACGCUGACAGAUAGCACCGUGACGGAGCCGGCGGACAGCCGCGAGGGAUAUCUGCCAUUGCGAGACAAACCACAGGAAAAUCACGUCAAGAUCAACGAGCAGACGAACAAAGAGACGGUGCCUUUGCCCGCGGGAUCUACUUCAGUGCUCGCAAAGCCUACGAAGUACCAUUACUAUCCUCACAAUCAACACAUCUAUCUACUCCCGGAAUGCGCUAUUCAACAGGUGUGCAACGCGGUGUACGUGCGGUUGAAUUAUACGCAACCAUUAUGCGCGUGCCCAGCUCGAUAUAGAGAUCCUUGCUCCGCCAGUUUGAAUGCGGACGACCUGCAUACCACGCGACUUACCACGGAUUCCAAAAAGAAGUACGCAAAGAAGGCGGUGACACUGGUGAAGACAUGUGAAGCUGUAUCGGAGAUGCGAGAAUGCCGCGCGCCGAGGGACUGGUCGCUUUUAGCAUUGCAAAACAUUAGGACCGGCAAAUCACACUACUUAGUGAUAUGCAGAUGUCCAGAUACACAUAUACUAGAGGGGCCUAUGUCUCACGACCAGCCGACGUACGCGUCUGUACCGGGAAUAAGAGUCUACGGCAUGAUGUGCGUGCGACCGACCGCAAGUUAUCAUUCCGGUUACAGCUCAAACAGAUUUCCCGCUGGUGUCCAGAGCACUACAACAAGCACAUACAAGGUGGACUAUUCUCAACCCCACUCGUACGACAAACCAGUCUACAACCGAUACCAGUCGCAUAGUUAUUUAGAUUCAAACUACUACAAUAGGAGAUCUAGAGCCGCACGCGUGAGGCGAACGACUUCAGAAUACCCGCCUUUCCCAUGGUAUAAAGUAAAAGAAUUGGCACGAUCAUUACAUUGGAUCAAUUAAGAAGAAACUAAUGUUAUUGUUAGUAAAAAGUAGGUUGGGUUCAAGAUGGCCGUAGUGUUACCGCCUCGUUGAGCUCAACGAAAACUUGCAACAGUAUUUAAGACGAUAUUUAAUUUCAAUACGCUUUAGCUUUCUUAUACCAGUUAUAAUAGUUGGUUAGAUAAUUUUUUUGUAGUAUUGAAACAAUUACUCAGCCUGGGAAAUACUCGAUUUGCAUUUCGUGGUUAGACUGUAAUGAAGAUUAUGUACCUUUAUUUUCUCAACAGUAUGUUUUAAUUCAUAGUCUAGUACACAUUGGUCCAACGCGUUCAGCCAAUGCAUUCGGCUAAAGUGUACUGAGUCACUUAGACCCAAUUCACACAACAUUUUCAUGAUCCAUUGAUAUGUUGUUUAUACUGCUAAAAAAACGUACACAGUUUUAACAACGUAAACGGUUUUAUACUCAAUGUAUGCGCCACUACGUAUUCGAUACGAUUUUACCCUGCAAAAAAACGUGCGGCGUUAAUUCCGUGUGAACGGGUAGUUAGCGUAUAUUUAUAGGGAAGCGCUGACAGGAUUGGCUACUUAUUCAUUCUUGACAUCAUUCGCAAGUAACGUUUAACAUGAUGGCCGGCACUCGCCGAACGCACUGGGCCAAUGUGAAUUGGAGCCAUAAGACGUAUUCUAAUAGUAUUAUUUAAUACUAAGUAAUGAUUAUCUGCCAGGAAAAGACAGCCAUAGAUUUAAGUAAAAAUGAACAUCAUUGAUUUAGUCAUCGCCAAUGUAAAUGGUGAUUUUUUUGGUGAAUUAUUUAAGUAAUACUUAAAUAUAUUUAAGAGUACACAAAACAAUGUGAUACAAGUUCAGUGGUUUUUGUGUAUUUCGAUGCAUUUAUAGGAUUUUAAGUCUUAGUUUAAUAUACUAUUUAUAUUGAAACCAUACUUAGACGAAUCGCUGUGUAAA